AUGAAAUCGCCAGUUAGGCAACCACAGCGGCACACCGACGAAAGUGAGCAUGCAGAUGAGGCAAGUGUCGAGAGGCCUACUCGUUUUCCCUGUGUGAAAUUGCGCCUUCACCCCCUUUCCAUCAGGUUGAGUUGUCUUUCGAGCACAUCAUUCCAUUUCAGAGGCCCAAGCCUGCAACGCCAGACGAGCGGGACUCCGGACCAUCUGAAAACACGGUCAUCCGAACCAAGAACUAGUCGCUGGGAGCGCGUCAAAAUGCAGAGGAGUAUCUGCCCGAGAAGAGCACUUCUAGAAGCUGUCCUGCCGGGAAGGCUCAAUCCUUUCGAAGACAGGGACACAACAGGACACAACACAACAACAAUAAGAUCAACGCAGUCGCAAUCCUCGCUUCUUGAAUCUAACGCCAGUUCUGAUGUACCAACUCGGUGUAACAACCAGGAUUCUGCUCAAACCUUGCGUUAUCGUCUGUCAUAG